AUGGCCCCGAACGCCAACGAUAUACCCGCAAACGUCGGCGUCAAACAGGUCCCGGUCGACCCGCUUGAUGAAGAUUUCGGCUUCCAGCCCGAAGAUGUCGUCGUGUCCGGCUUUUCCGGUCGGUUCCCCGAGUGCGACAGCAUCGACGAGCUCCGCGAAAACUUGUACGCCGGCGUGGACAUGGUUAACGACAACCCGACCAGAUGGCCUUACGGUAAGGAGCGGACACAGUGAAUUAUUAAGGGGCGGGAUCGGGGAGACAUAUCUUCUCCUUGACAGUUUAUUUUUCAGGAGUUAUAAUAUGUACGCGUUAACGUUCGGGCGAAUCGAAUUAUAAAAUACUUGCGGAAAACACUCGUGUAUAAAUUUAAAAUCGAAUGUUUUUUUUUUUUUGUUUUAGCCUAGGUUGGGUUAGGUUAGCCUAUCUCACUCCUGGGUAAAAUCCUAAACACGCCAAUGAGCGGACGGACCGGUCGACAGAUAAUUUGUCGACGUAAUAUUUUAUGACACGGCGUUAUUUUCUAUACAGCUGUUAGGUUGAUGAGUUUUCGGGUUCAAACGUCAAAACACUCUCGCCAUAACGACCGCGGAGGAAAAAAAUGCAAAAUAAAAUCCCACAAACGCCUGUUUAUGCGAUAUUUUUCAUGUAUGAAAAAAAUAUGUCAGUUGAAAAGUAUAAAUAUCAUACGAGUUUCUUGGGAUCAUUUACUAACCCUGUUGAAAUUUGACAGAAAAUGAUUUCGUAUAAAUAAACAACGUCUCGACGGUUCAAUAUGCAGUUUUUCUCGUUUUCAUUGUACAAACUCGGAGUUUUGCGGUUCACUGUUAAAUUCCAUAAACGUCCACGUAAAAAUAUAUUAAUAACGGACGGCUGCAUAAACGAAUUAUCGAAUUCUUUUGUUUAUCUCCGAAAUUCUAAAAUGCGAUAUCGUUGAGUUUAUUUCUGUAAGACGUCUCCAAUUAUUAUUGUGGAUAAACGCGAAACAUAUUUACCGUUAGUUUUUUCUUGCAAAAAAAAAAAUUUAUUCACUUUUAUAAAUUGUGUUUUUCAUAAAUGUUUUUAUUAUUAUUAUUAUUAUUAUUAUUAUUAUUAUUUUAACUUUUCUAUUAACUGAAUGACCUUUCGUUUAGUAGAACACGUAAAAAUGUUCAUUUCGAUACGUUUUACGAAACUCAAAUAUAUAAUAACGUCGAGUCACGUCUUUAGCGGGUAGGGAGGAAGAGAAGAAGCAUUUUUAUAAUAAAAUAUGUUUUCUAAAAAAAUUUUUUUUUUAAAUUUCGUAUUUAUAAUUUUCUGUACAUAGGCCUGUACGGCGCCAUCAUGAGAACCGGCAAGAUGAAGGAUAUUACACAGUUCGACGCCGAAUUUUUCCAGUAUCCCCCGGCUCUUGCCGAACGUGCCGAUCCGCAACAGAGAAUGUUAUUGGAAGUCGUUUACGAAACAAUUAUCGACGCAGGUAUUCGAUUGAUUUUUUUUUUUUUUAAACAAACCAUAUUACUGUGAGUUCGAAAAUGAUAACGGAACACGGCUACGGUCUCGGGUCAAUAAAAGGGCACACAAUCGACAAUUAUUUACUAAUUGGGGGGGAGGGAGUUUGUGCGACCAAAAGCACUGAUAAGCAUUGUUAAAACUUAUCUUAGUCAUCGGCCAUGCAUGCAUUAGUAAAAUAAAUAACAAAGCGAUACGUUCGAUUAACGAAAUCGCCGUCCACAAAAAAUAUUAACGAUAUUUCGUCCGAAUAAAAAAUGAAAUGAAAUUGAAUAAAUUUUCGUUCCGUAGGGAUUCGAAAAAAAAAAUCGUCUCCUCGUCAAGAAAUCGCGUACUCUACGGUAUAUUUAUUAGUAUAUAUAGCAAUUAGAACAUGUUGAUAUUGUCACAAUAUGUUUUUACACGUUUCUAACAACAUCGGUUAUAACACGUUGUGAGAUUAUAAAUAUUAAUUUUAAAAUAUUGUAAAUUAAGUAUUAUUGGCAUAUUAUGUUUUAUUCCUCGUUCUAAAUGAUAUUUAAAACAACAUAUUUCAAACGUUUUUUAAACAUUAUCGUGACAAUAUUUAAAAUAAUUACUGUCGAAUCGCUCGUUUUGUAAAUAUUUUCCGACUUAAUAAACAGUGGUCAAUCCAGACAAUUUUUUCGGGGGGGGAGAGGGCAUUACUUAGAUUAUUGUAAUGAUUUUUUGCUUAUAUACCCUCUUACCGUUCAAAUCUGUUUUAUUGUUUAAUUCAUUAUUAAUUCACCCACAUUUAACAGGAAGGCUAUUUCCCCCCUGUCAUAUACCUGGAUUCAACACCGGUCAUAAACGUCCGUUGCCGAGCGUACCAUCCUCCGACGUGAGCUCACCUAACUCGGGCGGUAGCGUUUCACGAACGCUUACCAUUUUCGCCGUUUUCGGGGUUAUUUUGCCCGUACACAUGCGUUUUCGUCAGUUUAACGCUCACAAUAAUUUACCAUAGCACUUGUUUUAUUUCGCCGUCGCGGCACACAAUCUUUUUUCAGUCGUUUGCGCCUAUCGAAUCGAAGAUAUGAUUCGUUGGAGCCGUCAGCCUGAUUUUUUGCGUUUUUUUUUCGCGAUAAUUUUUUUUAUUAUUGUUAUAAUAAUAUUUCUAAUAUAUCUUCAUUACACGGUUUUAAUAUUGCCACAAAAUUAAUUUUCAAUUUUUUUUUAUUUUUGAAACAUUGGCACCGACAAUAAUGACGUAUUGACAAGGCCCCUACAAUAUUUAAAAUUAAUACUGUCACAAUAUUCAGAUGUAUAUUGUUAAAACAUUUUAAAGAAAUAUUAUUAACACAUUUUCUCGGUUGCCAUGGGUUAUUGUGAAAACAUUUAGAACAUAUUUUUACAGUAGGUAUAAAACGAACCAAUAAAACACAUUGUGUCAAUGUUAAUAUUUUUUUGCAGAUUAGUUAAGGACAUUGUGAAAAUAUAAUAUUGCUAUAUGUUUAGUUACAAAUAGCACACGCAUUAUCGUUAAACUAAGUAUUUAAAUUACAUAGGUACAUACCUUAUAAUAUACAGAAGGUCCACCAUGUUCGACGGUUUUUUCUAGAGCUGUUAAUACUCAUAUUUUUCAAUUCGAUAUGCUUUUUUUUUUAAGGGGACGUGUAUUUAGAGAAAAAAUAAAUUUUUGUUUUCAUCUAUCGCUAAAUUUUAAAAAAAAGUUGAUUUUCAAUUUUAACAAAUUUUUUAAAAUUUCUAUUUCGUAAAAGAUAUUCUAAAAAUGUGUAUACAUUCACACUCAAUCUAUAGUUUUUUCACCGGUUUAAUUCAAAACAUUUUUAAAUUUAUAAUACAAUAAAUCAAGUUAUACUUUAUCACGUUAGGCGGUAUAGUCUUAUUUUCACAUCAAAACCAUUUUUUUUUGUAAUAUUAAAAGCUCUAGAAAAAUUCGUCAAACACAGUAGGACAUCCACUAUAAUAUUUAUAUAUUCUUUUUACGGUGGAUGGUAAAAAAAAACAUUAAUAGAUUAUAAUACCAUUAAACUAUUUGAUCCGAAUAAAAUAUGCUGCGAUAAUCAGCGCUCGUGUUACAAAUAAAAUAUGAUUGCUUAAUACUUAUAGUUUUUUAAUUUUCAAUUUUUUUUUUUUUUAUUUAUUGUUUGUUACAAUGUCAGUAUAAAUCAAUAUUACGAUCAUAUAAUUAUAAUGGUGAAAAUUAUUAUUAUGUAAUUUUAUUUUCGAUUCAUAAUCUAUAAUAUUACAUAUACGAUUAGCAGAUAAUUAUUGUUAAGAUCCAAUUUCAAUGCGAAACGCCAUAUUUUUUCCAAUGAUUUUAAACAAUGCUUUCCAAGUAUACAUAGUUUGAUUCGUUUAACAUCGAAUACGUCAAACUUCUAUUUGGGUCUUUUUUUUUUUUAUUACAUUUUUCAUUUUUCAUUUUCAUUAUUCAUUAUUUUAGCAAUUUUUCAGCCAUUUUUUUUCGUUAUAUUUCAUAUUCGUACAAUAACACGAGCAUAAUGUAAUAUACUAUUUGUACAUAAUACGAUCAUAAAUUAAAAUAUAUACUUGGUAUGCAUUGAUACGACUUAAUAAUUUAAAUUUAGACAAUUCAGAAUAUUUCUCAUGUUUUCCGAGUUUUCCAGUCGAUCGGUCAAAUACAUCCCCCCAAUCAAUAUUAUCGUCACUAGUCACAAGACACAUAUUUUUCAAUUUUCUGUUUUGUUUUAAAUAAAAUAAAAAUAUUAUAAAUUACUCAAUAAAAUAAUAAAUUUAAAAAAAAAUAUAUAUAUAUGCCAUUUUCGCAGUAAAAUUUAUUUUUUAAAGACAUGAUUACCUUUUUUAGAACAUUUUUCGAUGUUUUUUAGUACAUUUAAAUCCGGGCUCUAAUUAUUAUUAUUAUAUAAUUUUUGCUUUGCAUAAGCCUUCAAGGCUUAUCCGUAUAUCCCCGUUUAAGGAGUCCCGCUUAUCGAUACUUACCGAUUUAUCAACCACUCUUAUAUCCUGUUGAUUUACUCUGUCUGGUUACCAUGGAACUCGAAGCCACCGACACUUGGCCGUUUUCCGGAUCAAUUUUCGAUCAUCGCGUUUUUAAUGAAACCGUUGUCGGCUCACCGUCGCACAAUAGGUCCGGCCCACUCCGGUCGUUCGGCAUAAUAUUAAAAAAAUUUUAAUUUUAGCUUAAUAUUAUCCGAUUAACAUAUGAUAGGUACAAUAUUCAAAUAUGUACCUUUAUAAACAGCUUAUUUAGUAAAAACAUACACACAGUGGGUUUCACGACGAUCUGACACUUGAAAUAACUUUUGUUCUAUUCAAUAUUCUUAAUAUAUAUAUAUAUACAUAUGUAGUUUAAAUAAGUAUAGUACAUCUCACUACAGUUAAUACAUUACAUUUUUUUUCGGCGAGAGAUUUUGAAAGAAAACAUUUUAAAUUUUACUAUAUUUUAUCAAAUAAAAUUUAAAAUUGUAAUUUUUUAAAAUAGUUUUUUAGAACACUUUUGGUGGUUGAAACUUUUAUUUAGGUAUACGAUCUUUUAUUUUCUAAAAAUGUUUGAAGUUUAGGCAAAUAUGAAUAUUAUCCUGAUUUAUAAUCCGCUAUAAUUUUUAAUCAGAAGUCAGAGCACAUCAAACGACAAGGAAAUUUUUCAGUUAGUUCUUUUCAGAGUUAAUAUCAUACAAUAAUACUACUGCGGACUACUGAUUAAAUAAUAUAAUAGACUAUGUAAACCACAAUAAUUUAAACGUUUGCGAAAAAUUUGAAAAAUAAAACACUAUGCAUAAACAAAAGUUUCAACCGCCAAAAAUCUAUUUUAUUAAAUGGCUAUUUUUAAUUUUUUUUUUUUAAUUUACAGUAAAAUUUUAAAUGUUUUAUUCCAAGUUCCCCUACCGAAAUCAAACAAAUUUAAUAUAUCAAAAAAAAUUGUUUCUAUUGUUAAAAUAGUAAAGGUAUUAUAUUUAAAAAUAGCUAUCAAAAAAUGAAAACGUGUCGCAACCUAAAAUAUAUAAAACAAAACUAACUAAUAUAGAUAACGUUCAUUCAGAUAAUAAUAUUACAACAGUUUAUUUGUUUUUGUUUUUUGAAUACUAUAAUAUUAUUCGUCUUAUUUUAUUUUUUACUUGUACAGGGUGUAACAGAACUAUUUAACAUUUUUAGAUUGUAGUUACAUUUAUAUAGUCCAGUUACACCCUAUGUAUAUACGAAUCAACCCAAAUAUUUUAUAAAUUUAAACACACCCAAACGCAUUACUUAGUUGUAUUGUACAUGGCGUUAAUUUUAUAAAUUAAUAAUAAUUUUGAUCGAUUUUUCAAUGUUUUGUAUUGAUUCAAAGUUGUAUCAGUAUUGACAACCGUACUUGGUACGAUACGAUUACUAGUCUCUGUCCGACGAUAUUAAUUUUACAUUUAUUUCGGGUUGUUUUUUUUGUUAAAAAUCGAAAUUAUCAUUUUCAUUUAAAUCUUCGCAAAACCGAUACAUUAAUUUACACGAAUUAAAUUACACCGACAUAUUCAAAUUACCUAUGUUAUUAUGUAAUUAUCCAGGAUUACAUCCGAUGGCUUUAAAGGGCACCCGUACCGGUGUAAUCGUCGCUUUGUCGUCGAGCGAAACCUGCGAUUGGUGGUCCAAAGACGGAGAGAAAGUCAACGGAUACGAAUACAUCGGUACGUCGAGAACAAUGUGCGCCAAUCGCAUAUCGAACUUUUUCGAUUUAAAAGGUAAACGAAACUAUUUGAACAAUACGCGUAGCUAUUAUAAUAAACCAUUAUAAUACCUAUAUCGAAUAACAAUUGAUUAUUUGUUGGUUAAUUAACUUUGUUUAUCGAUCAUUGUCAUCAGGACCUAGUUAUUCCAUCGAUACGGCGUCUUCGACCAGUUUGAUCGCUCUCCACCAAGGGUUCAAGCUCAUCCAGGACGGCGUUGUCGAUAACUGUAUUGUAGGGGGUACCGAUCUCGUACUGAACCCCACCGUUUGUCUCAUGUUCCAAAAAUUGAACAUGUUGUCGCCCGGUGGCAAGUGCCGAUCGUUUGACGCUGAAGGUAUAUGAUGCACAUUUGAAUUUUGAUAUGAUUAUCGUCAGGGCUCGGAAAUUUAUAAGGAUUUAAGCGAUCAAAAACGUCGAAAAAGACUUGAAAUUGCAUUUAGAAAAAAUUAUUUUUAAAAUGAACGUCACAGUAGAAUCGCUCCCCGUAUAAUCCUCUUAAGUAAAGAGCCUCCCUCAAAAUUAAAAAAGCCCACAAGGGAGCAGUACAGUCCACGUUGAGAACCACUGCUCUAAAUUAUAUAAAAGAAAUGUUUCAAACACUAAAAAAAUUAUUUACCCAAGUUUUUAAAUAAAAUUGUAUGUAUUAUAAAAAAAAUAUUUUGUGUUGAUCGUUUUUGUAGUAUUAGAAAAUUGCAUUUAACGCUCAGAGCUGUUACGAGGGGAGGAGAAAGUGCAAAUAUUUGGUUUUUAAAUAUUUUGUCAGGGUUCUUUUGACGUUUUUAAGCUGUUUUCUGUAGAUUUCAUAUGCAUAGAGUUCUGAGCCCCGAUUAUCGCGAUAAUUCACAAAGAUUCCAAAAAUUAAACAACGUGUAUUUCUAUACAGAAAUUCUAAUCAAGUGAUAUAAUAUUAUCAUAUAGGUGACGGAUACGUACGGUCGGAAGGCGCCAUCGCGGUGUUGUUGCAAAAAGCCAAAGUAGCGAAACGUAUCUACUCCAGUAUCUUGAAUACCGGUAGCAACGCGGACGGUUACAAAGACGACGGUAUCACUUUCCCGUCGCAGGAAAUGCAAAUUUCCCUGUUUCAACAAGUCCAAAACGAGAUCGGCGUCAACGGCUCGCAUUUGUCGUUCAUGGAAGCUCACGGAUCCGCUACUAAAGUGAGGAGCCAUGUCAUAAAUAAAUUUUAGGAUUUUCUUUUUCUUUUUUUUUUUAACAAAAAUGUAUUUAUAUGUAUGCGUUAUGUUUACUAAUAGGUAGGAGACCGUCAAGAAGUCGGUGCCAUUGUCGAAGUAUUCUGUAAAGGCCGAAAAUAUCCACUGCCCAUCGGCGCACUUAAAUCCAACAUGGGUCAUGGGGAACCGGCAUCCGCGUUGAGCGCCGUCAUCAAGGUCCUCGUAGCUAUGGAAUGCAGACUUUUGCCACCCAACUUGCACUACAAUAUCCCGAAUCCGGACAUCCCGGCCUUAGUAGACGGGAGAUUAUCCGUUAGUAUUAGCAACUAUGGCCAUUGUGGUUUGUUUUACCAUAUUAAUGAUAUUGAACAUUUCGUAAAAGGUCGUCACCAAAGUAACACCGUGGAACGGUGGUAUCGUGGCUGUCAACUCUUUCGGAGUCGGCGGUGCCAACGGACAUUGUUUAAUGAAGUCGUACACCAAAGAGAAGGCCGGCCCGAUAACUCUGGAAGAACAACUGCCCAGACUGGUGAUCGCGUCCGCCCGAAACGAAAGCGCUAUCAAAUUCAUGAUAAACAGAGUACCUACAAUAUACCAGUCUACUCAACAUAUUCGCAUUAAUUUCGUUUCUAAAAGUAUGUGAUUUUACUUUUUUUAUUAGAUCGACCAAAUGCCCAGAGACAAGGAAUUCUACGCUUUGCUGUACGGAGUUCAGAGCGAAAAUAUCGUCGGUCACAAGUACAGAGGAUACAUUCUGUUCAACGGAAUGUACGAUAAAACUCGUCAGUAUGCGGUAUGAAAACAAUGUGAACAGAAAAAAAUCCAACAAAACCUUUAUAACUAUAUCUUGCCGUAUCUGAUUAAAGGCGUACAACGGUCAAAAGAAACCGGUUGUAUUCGUUUUACCGGGCGCCGAAACAAACUGGGGUGACGUGGGCAAUCAGCUACAAAAGUUGCACGUGUUCAAAGAGUCUAUCGCGCAGAGUGCGAGCGUGUUGGACAAGAAAGGAUUCAAUUUGUAUUCCGUACUGAAAUCGACGGAUCCCGUAGCGCUCCAAGACCCGCUGUUGUCAGUGGUCGCCUCUACCGUUAUUCAAGUAUUGUUCUUUUCUUAUGCUUUCCCAAUAAUUAUAGAAAAAAAAUCACGAUAACUGUGGUAAUUUGUACGUUUGUAAAAUAUUUUUUGUGUAGGUGGCACUUUUGGACGUCCUCGCGAAUCUGAAAAUAUCGCCGGAUUACAUUGUAGGAGAAUCGUUCGGCGAACUAGCCGCCGCUUACGCCGAAAAUGUUUUGACCGCGGAAGAAGCCGUUUUGUCGGCUUACGCAAUCGGAAGCGUGUUGGCCGAGGCGAAAAUCGCUGCGUCACAAGACGUGUCGAAAGUCACCAAACAAUUGCAAUCCGCAUUGCAGUCUGUGAGUAUACAGUCACCGAAUCGAUUUUACCAUAAGGGUUCUUUUACGGUUUUUUUUCUCCCCCCCCCCAAUCACAGGUCAUCGCACAACCUAAAUCGAUUUCUUCUCGCUGGGUUAGCGCCUCGCAAACGUUGGGAAGCCAGCCGCUGACAUCCGCCUACUUUGUAGGUUUAGCCGCGCAGUCCACACUCCAGGCACGUAUAACAUUGAUUAUUCAGUACAUAAUGGCGAACGAUUUCGCCAAACUAAUAUUAUUAAUUUCUAUUACGUUCGAUUAUAGGAUUCGUUGGCGAAAUGUCCGGCCAACGCGAUUUACGUUCAAGUUCUCGGCCAAUCGAAAACCGAAAAUUACUUUGCCGACAAUUCCAAAGACGGCGCCGUAACCGUGAAUCUGGUCAAGGACGCCAACGACUCGUACAAGCAAUUGUUGUUGAGCGUCGGAGAGUAUGUUAAACGAUGAAUAUUUAUUUUUCAAUACGGGAGUUAUAUAAUGUCCACGUUAUAAUACUAUUUUGUAGGUUGUUUAACGCGGGCCUUCAACCGCAAGUCGAACACCUGUAUCCGCCGGUGAAAUUCCCCGUAUCGGCCCGUACUCCGAUGAUACAAUCGUUGGUCGAAUGGGAUCACUCAGUCAAAUGGGACGUCAUCGGUUUCCACGGCAAGGUAUCUAUAAUGAAAUAUUUAAACACUAAUAAAAAUUUACGAAUUGUGAAUGAACGAGUGUGUCCGUCGAUAUUAUAGCCCCCUUCCACCACCGGAGAAGUUGUAUUGAACGUAAACGUCGAUUCGGACGAAUACAGUUUUUUGAAAGCCACCAAGAUCGACGGUUUGCCCAUUAUACCUUACGCCGGUUAUCUGGUGAGUCUUUUUUUAUUAUACGAAUUAUUAACAUUGUUUUUAGGUAUAUAUCGGUUUAUUCGUUUGAUUUACGUACAUUAUAGGCUUUGGUAUGGAAAGGUUUUGCUGAACUAAUGCGACGAGAACCGGAAGAGAUCGCGGUUGUGUUCAACAAUGUAGAAUUCUUGAGGAAGACGGUUGUCCCAGAAGAAGGUACGUCGGCAAUUAUUAUACAUUUUGUACAUAGUAUAUUAAUUUGUACACUGAUGACAAAACUGAUAUUAUUAAUCGUAUAGAUCCGAUCAAGUUUGUUUUGAGCGUAUUGGUGUCAGGAGAAUUUGAACUCAAAGAAUCAAACGAUAUCGUAGCCUCCGGUCAAAUCAGCUUGUCAACUACCAUUGAUAAAGAGUUGUUAAAUUUGGCAGCACCCAAAACGAAAAAGGAUGAAUUCUUACCGUUAGAGUCGGCUGAAAUUUACAAGGAAUUGCGUUUGAAAGGUUACGACUACAAAGGUCUAUUCAGAGGCAUCCAAUUGAUCGAUAACACUGGUACACAAAAUAUUUAAUUAAUUAAUUUUGUUUUUAGUUUUAUAAUUGUAUACGUAAUAUUAUUACUAAAUUUCAAACUAAACAAUGAUGUGAUUUAAAAAAAAAAACACAUUGUUUUAGGAUACAACGCCAAGGUAUCGUUUAACGGAAAUUGGUUCGCAUUUUUGGAAAAUCUUUUCCAAAUACCGAUAUUCCAAUUGAACAAUUACAAUUUACACGUUCCGAAAUUCGUAAAAAAAGUAGUCAUCGAUCCGUUGAGGCAAACAAAUCAAGCAGAAAGUCUAUCAAAUGGUAGUAAUAUAAUCGUAUUGAUAAUAAUAUUCAUUAAAUGUCAAAGAAAACACCUAAUCAUUUUUAAUAUUUUUUACUUUGCUAGUGAUACCGGCUACUUAUUACAAGUAUGUCGAUGUUAUUAAAGCCGGAAGCGUUGAAGUCCGGGGAUUACAAUUGGAGCAAGUCCCGUUGAGAAAUAAAGGACAAAAAGAUCCCAAUUUGGAAUUUUACACUUUCCAACCAUACGUUUCGGUCAAGGUAAAUAAACAAUAAUAAUACUGUGGAACGUAUUUAACACGAUGAUAAUUUUCUAUCUCGCGUUUACUACCUACGUAUAUUUUCAGCCCACGGUAUACGCUCUGGACACAUGCGUUCAAUUGGCGUUGGAAAACAGUGGCGGAGCUCUUAAGUUGAAGGUAGCCGAAGUGGGUACUGGCAGACAAUUGGAAUCGCUGUACGCUAAGACCGUCAUCGACGUUAUCAGCACCGAGCCGAUACCCAGCGUAAGUGUACCUGUAAUAUAAAAUUAUAAAAACAAUUAAAAUAUUAUAUUUUACCAUGUUGAAUUUGCGGGUGUCAAUGACAGGCGGAAGUGACCGUGUUCACGAACAAUCCUGCCCCGAUUACGGAACAACUCGAGGAAUUCGGUGUCCGCGUAACGGAAAAAGACGUGUACGGCUCAGAAGCCAUAGAUUCCAAUUGUAAUCUGGUUAUUGCCGUUGACCAAUUCAGCAAUGCGGGUUUGGUGAAAAACGCCAUCGACAGCUUGAAAGUCGGCGGGUGCGUGUUGUUCGUCGAAAGCAAAAAACCGUCUGAGCAACAGCUCAACUCGACGGGACUGGUUCUGGUGGCAAGCUUACAAUCACAAGACAAUAAAACAUUCGUUCUCCUCCGAAAGGUUAAUGAAAAUCCAGUAGUAAUUUAAAAUCAUGUAUAGAAAACGGUUCAAAGAAUCAGUAAUGACUUUACGAUUGUAUUCGAUUCUGUAGACUGCAGUGUACAGGUCCGAGCCAAUUGUGGUCAACUGCUCUGGCAAAGAUUUUUCCUGGAUCGAAACGUUCAAAUCGGCACUGCAACAAGCCGAACAAGAAAACAAACAAUUGCUUUUGGUCAGCCAAGGCGUCGAAUACUCUGGAAUAUUAGGUUUCGUGAAUUGCGUCCGCUUGGAAGAAAACGGAAGUUCGCUGAGGUACGUAUUUCCUAUAACAUAUAGAUAUCGAUCGUUUUUCCCAUAAUAGGCACUCCUAUAUAUAUAUAUUUAUAUUAUAAUAUUAAUAUCGUUUAAUGAAUCCAGAUGUCUAUUCGUCGAAGACCCGAAAGCACCGAAAUUUUCGUUGUCAUCCGAUUUCUAUCAAAAGCAGUUGAAAAAAGAUUUGACGGUCAACAUUUACCGCGACGGUGUUUGGGGCAGCAACAGACAUUUCCUACUGGAAGACCAGUCUAGCAACGCGCCCGUGCCUAAAGAAUACGCAUACAUCGCCCCGACGAAAGUCGGCGACUUGUCGACGUUGAAAUGGAUCGAAGGACGUCUGCAAUACUUUAAGUAAAAUACGCAAUAUAAAUUUAUACCGAAACGAAAACUAUCUCGAGUCGUUUUCAAACAUAAUUGUUUUUUACUAAACGAUCUUCUGGUUUUUAGUCCUCAAGACCACCCUGGACGGGAAUUGUGCACCGUGUACUACGCGCCGAUAAACCACAUGGACGUCUUGUUCGCAGACGGUUCUUGGUUGCCGUUCUUCAACGCGGACACGGCCAAUCAGGGCGCUUAUCUGGGCCGUGAAUUUGCCGGCCGUAACACCAAAGGACAGCGCGUGUUCGGUUUGGUGUCCGGCAGCGCAUUGGCCACGCACGUGUUGGCCGACAAUUCCACUCUGUGGGAAGUCCCGGACAAAUGGACUCUCGAACAAGCAUCCACCGUUUCCGUCGCAUACAUACUGGUGAGUUACGGCGAUGAAUUGAAUUACGAUCUAUUAAACAAAAUUUAAAAAACGGCAUUUAUGUAUAUUAUUUUAGGCUUAUUACGGGUUGUACAUACGCGGUAAAAUCCAACCGAACGAGUCGGUAUUCCUUAACGCCGGCACGAAUUACACCGUUUUGGCCGCGCUUAACAUCUUGCAAAACAGCAACGUGACCGUUUACGUUGCGGUGGACAACGAAUCGCAAAGACAAUAUCUACACAAGAACUACCCCAAGGUUCGCCGUACAAUACCACGUGUAUCUCGUGACAUUUUAUUUAAAUGGGUAUCGUUUUUUGAUUGUUCAGGUACCCAAGGAGAAUAUUGUCAGUAGCAAAUUCGCGGAACAAGAGAUCCUUGAGAAGACCAACGGUAAAGGCGUGAACGUUAUUUUCAACACGGUCGAAUCCACCCCGUACAAAUUACAGAGUUUCAUUCAUACCGUCGCGGAAAACGGCCGUGUUAUUGAAUUCGAAAAACAAAAACAAGCCAUCGAAUCUAUCGGUAAGUAUUUAUCCACUCGCGCGAUUGGGUAAACUUAAUAAAACUAUCCAGUCCAUAAUAAUUCUACACGACAUUAUAUUACAUCGCGCAGGUGUUACCGGAAACCUGAGGAACAUUACAAUUGUAAAAAUGAACUUGAAGACGUUAUUCCAAGGGAAAUAUUCGCUCUCCGACAAACAGGAGCUUCACAAGCUUAUCGCACAGGGUAUCAAAUCUGGCAGCGUACAGCCGUUGCCUGCGAAUGUUUACACUAUUGACCAAAACUUAAAAGAUGCCUUCGAGUGAGUCAUUCUAUGAUAAUUGUAUUUUAAUACAUAGUAUUAUUAUUUAAUUAAAUACGUUUUUAAUAAUCACGAUGUUUACCGUUUGUAUAUUAUCCAGUGUGACUGUUAGUUUCAACUAUUACGGUAAAAUUGUCCUCAAAGUUCGCGACGAAGAAUCGAAAAAAACCGUCGUUCCGGUACCCAAAAAAGUAUUGGCCGUACCGAAGACUUUCGUCGAUCCGGCCAAAGCAUACGUCGUAAUCGGUACCUCUAUUAUAACGCUGAAUUUCAUUUCCUCUUCUUGUCAAUCUAGUUUCUAAUUUUGUAAUUAUUUUAUUUAAUUUGAAGGCGGUUUGAACGAUUUCGGUCUACAAAUGGCAAACUUCUUGGUGACCAGAGGCGCAAAGAAACUGGUGUUGGUUUCCGACAGCGGAGUUAAUUCCGGAUUCCAAUCUCUGUUCAUCAGAAGAUGGAAAGAAAGCGGCGUCGACGUCGUUACCGUUGUAUACGAUACGACCAAACCCACCGAAGCCGAAGCCCUGUUGAAGGAAGCCAACAAACUGGGACCCGUCGCCGGAAUAUUCCAACUGGAAGACGUAUUGCACGGCGCCACGGUUUCCGACCUGACCGCGUCCGAUUUCAGCUCGGCGAUCGACAAGAAAUUCGCGUCAACCAUCAAUCUCGACGUAGCCUCGAGAAAAUUAUGUCCGCAACUCGAGCGGUUCUUCGUCUGGUCCUCGGGAGCUUCCGGUCACGGCGCAGCCGGCCAAGCCAACUACGGUUACGCCGACGCAGCACUGGCGAAAAUAUCCGAAGCUCGACAAGCCGCCGGCUACCCUUCGGUAAUUAAUUAUUGAUUAUCCGACGUUAUUAUUAUUAUUGUACAAUGCAAUAACGUAUUAUGUUGUCGUACGAACUUUCAGACCGUUGUCGAAUGGGAAGCCAUCGGUGACGUGGGCCCGGUGUACGAGUCCUCCGGCAACAACGACGCAGUGGUGGCGGGCGCCUUACUCCAAAGCGUCGCGUCGUGUUUAAACGUCGUCGACAACUAUUUGCAACAGUCUUACGCCGUCCUCUCGAGUGCCGUACUGGUCGACAAGAAGGUGGCCAACGUCGAAUCGGCUUCCACCGGACCUAUGUACGCCGUCGCCAAAGUUUUAGGUAAUUCUCGCUUACUUAUCAUGAUACACCAUUAUACAUGCACGCUCUUUUUCAUCGGGCCGCCCGACUAAAACGAACGCGUUUCCCGUCGAUUGCAGGUAUCAAAGAUCCGAAGACCGUUUUGGGCACGUCCACGUUGGUCGAACUCGGUUUGGACUCGUUGUUGGGAACCGACAUCAAACAGGUGCUGGAACAAGAUUUCAACAUCGAGUUCAGCGCCAAAGAAAUCAGAGAGUUGACGUUCAACGUGCUCAAAGAACUUUCGGCCAACUGA